UUUUCUCGAAAAAUCACGAACAUAACUCAUUUUACCUCAUAAUUUUGGAAUUUCACUUUCAAUUUCAUUUUCCCACCACGAAUUUCCAUUCCCUUCAUUUUCCAAUCAUAAAAUACAUUUGUUAUUGUAAUCUGCCUGUGUAAUCUGUAUUUUUGUGUACGUUUAUACUUGCAAUCGUAGUCAGCUUUAUGCAUAUGGAGAAAAAAUAAUUGGCAGAGGUCAGAAAAGAAAAAUGUCGCCAACAGUGGCUGCGUCGACGGCUAAACAAGCCGAGCAACUUCGAAUAGAUGGAAACAGUUAUUUCAAUAAAAAUCGAUUUGCUGCUGCCAUUGAUGCUUAUACCGAGGCUAUUACGUUGUGCCCUAAUGUUCCGAUAUAUUGGACCAACCGGGCUCUGUGUCACCGCAGGCGGGAUGAUUGGACCAGAGUGGAGGAGGAUUGUAGGAGAGCAAUUCAGCUCGAUCACAAUUCUGUUAAGGCACACUAUAUGCUUGGUCUUGCACUGCUAAAAAGGGAAGAAUACGCCGAAGGAGCCUGGGAAUUGGAAAAAGCCUUGGAUCUUGGAAGGGGUGCGAACCCAAAGGGCUACAUGGUAGAGGAGAUAUGGCAAGAGCUUGCAAGAGCAAGAUAUUUGUUGUGGGAACAGGAAUCUACCAGACGUUCAUGGGAUCUUCAGAAUUUAAAAGAAACAUGCGAGGAAGCUUUGAAGGAGAAACAUUUCCUUGAUGAUUCACAAAUUGAAGGAUUCACGGAUGAAAAUACCCAAUCCAAUUUAGAACAAUUGGAAGCUUUAAGUAGAGUAUUUAACAAAGCUGCUGAAGAUGAUAUCCCAACUGAGGUGCCAGACUAUCUCUGCUGUAAAAUUACUCUAGAUAUUUUCCGUGAUCCUGUUAUUGCUCCAAGUGGAGUUACAUAUGAGAGAGCAGUAAUUCUUGAUCAUCUGCUGAAGGUUGGCAAGUUUGAUCCAGUUAGCCGCGAACCACUGUAUCCAUCACAGUUGGUGCCCAAUUUGGCCAUAAAAGAAGCCGUGCAUGCAUUUCUGGAGACACAUGGGUGGGCUUACAAGACAGACUGAUAGUCUUGCUCUUUGUUGGUUGUAUGGCUCUGGUAAAUGCUCAUCUUUUCUCUUCAGUUUGGAUCAAGCAGGUUGAGACAUUCGUCAUGGUUAGUUGCUCUAUUAUACUCAGCAUUUAAAUCCCCAUUUACUCUAUGAUACUUUGACAAGUGGGUUGUCAAAUUGGACGUCUUGGAAAUGUACAGUAUCUAUUUCUGAACUUGUACAGUGUGAUAGUAGAAUUCUAUCCAUAGAUAUAAAAAAUAUUUUCCAUAUCAUCAAUUCCUGCAUUCCUUGGGUUUUGGUUUC